AUGCCUCCAAAUCAGGUCAGAUUGCGCCAGGAUUCGAUCCAGCAAGAAGGUCGCCUUCUGCUUGCAAUACAGGCUAUUAAAAGCAAAGAAAUAAGCUCUAUACGACGGGCUGCGGAUCAAUUCCACGUUAACCGUUGUACGCUCGCGCGUCGCCUACGCGGUACUACAAACCGCGCUGAAUCUCGCGCAAAUUCUCAUAAAUCGACUGAGAUCGAAGAGGAACUGCUUCAGCAGCGGAUACUAUCGCUAGAUCGACGUGGAGCAGCCCCUACACAAGCUCACGUACGAGAAAUGGCUAAUUUGCUACUCGCGAAGCGUGGUUCUUCCUCUAUCCAAACCGUCGGCGAAAAAUGGGCAUAUAACUUUAUCCAACGCCAUCCGGAGCUUAAAUCUCGCUUUUCACGACGAUACGACUACUAG